GAAUCAUGCAAGCACUGUCGUGAAAGUCAGCUCAGAGUAUGUCGGCUGGAUGUAAUGACUGACUGCAAAGAUAAACAAUCCCUAGGCACUGAACUUUAAACCUUACUGCACAGUCUAGCUUUAGGAGAGAAUGAAGCUGGAAAGUUUUAUAGGGGUAUUAUCCACAAUGCUUUGGCUUUUGGGGUUCGUGCUCCCAUCACUUGUUCCCACGGAGGCAAAUCAACAAGUUUUCCUCCCCAGUAAUGCUGCCCAAGGACUUUUGAGCAGACAGAAACGCAGGAACUUCCUGCUGGAGGAGCUCAGACAAGGCAACUUGGAGCGAGAGUGCAUAGAGGAGCAGUGCAACUUCGAGGAGGCAAGGGAAGUGUUUGAGAACGAAGAGCAGACGUGGGAGUUCUACAAGACUUACAUGGUUGCUAGCAAUAUUACUAACAAUCUGUGUAAAUCUGCUCCUUGCUGGAAUGGUGGGACCUGUCACAACACUCUUAGCGACUACAACUGCACAUGUAAGACAGGCUAUGGUGGCAAGACCUGUGAGAUUGAAAAUGAUAUGUGUGCAUCCAGCCCAUGCAAGAAUGGAGGAUGGUGUUCCAAAGAAGCUACACACUAUAAAUGUUCUUGUGAAACUGGCUAUUAUGGUCAAAACUGUGAACAUGGUCCCCAGGACUGUUCAUCACAUGGGCAAAGCUGUGAUCAGUUCUGCAAGUUUCGGCACUAUAACUAUGUCUGUUACUGUGCCCAGGGAUAUAAACUUGGGAAAGAUAAGAAGAGUUGUGUUCCUGCAGUGCCUUAUCCAUGUGGAAAGCUGUCGGUCCCUCUAGCAACUGAUGAUUCUGACCUGAUCAUCAGGGCAAUCAUUGGUGACCAGCUAUGUCAAAGGGGUGAAUACCCGUGGCAGGUGCUAGUGAAAAAUGAUGAUGAAACAGUCUGCGGAGGUGCCAUUCUGAAUGAGGACUUUGUGCUGACCUCGGCUGCCUGUGUCAAGCACAUGCAAUUUUCCACAGUUGUCCUUGGAGAGCACAACCUGGAGGAAGAAGAAGGCACUGAACAAGUAAUUAACAUCAGUCGAACAUACAUUCAUUCACGGUACUCCCAGGUGACCUUCGAGAAUGAUAUUGCAUUACUGCAGUUAGAGAUGCCGAUUCAGUUUAACAACUACACCAGCCCCAUCUGUCUCCCCGAGGUCGACUUUGCUGAAUUCUUUUUGAUGAACUCCGAGUAUGGGGCGAUAAGUGGAUGGAAACUGAAACAGGGUCGUGUUGAGCAGCCAGUUAUGCUUGGUGUCCCUUAUGUCCCAUACAUUAAACAUGCCAGUUGUGAAGGGGUACAGUCUUUUCCUCUUGUAAAUCGAAUGUUUUGUGCAGGGUUUGAAGAAUUAGAAGAUCCAUUAUGUUCUUUAAUCAGAGGAAGUCCCCUUGUAACCAGCUAUAAGGGUGUAUGGUUCCUGACAGGCUUGAGUUUAGGUGCUGAUGAAUAUAAUUGUAAUAAAAUACCAGUAUACACUAAAGUUUCAAGGUACAUAAAUUGGAUUAAACAGAUAAUGAGGAAAAAGCACACACGUCACUAACUGUACAUGCAAUAUACCCAGCUGAGAUGGUGCGCUUUACUCCCUAAUGUUGCAUAGACAGAGGUACAGAAAUAGAGAAUUAAAAAUAAAUUAAUUAAUUUGCUGACAUGUUCUACUGCUGCUUCCUAACUUUGUGAAGAAAACAUUGAAGGUGGAAUGUAGUUUAAAAUCAUUCCAGAAAACAUAGAACUGUUAAUAAAAUUAUGUCAUUAAAAAUGUGAUUGAAUUCACACACUAAUAUCAUUGAUAAAAAUGUUGACAACUGCGAUGACAAUUCUGAGGAUCAUCAUACUGCAAAUGACAUGAGUAACAAUGGUGGAUACAACAAUUUAAAUUCUCCUCAGAAUUCAAGCAAUUAUAUUUUUAUUUGAUAUUUGUGACCAUUAACCUGAGUUUUACCACAGAUAUUGCAUGAAUUGGCCAGUGAAAUACCAGCAAGAGUAGGAAUAUUUAUCAGUCAGUUCCUUAUGGAAUUCCUAAUCCUAAUCUUGGUCCUGGGCAGAGUGGUUUCACAGCAUACCCAAUGGCCAAUAUUGACACGGAUGCAGGUGGCCAGGUCAGGAAAAGCUGGAAGCAUAUUCAGUGGCAAGACAGAAACAUUUGUUUCUGCAUUCAGGAAGGAUGUAGAGACGUUGGUGGGAGUGCAGAAGAGGUUUACCAGAAUGUUCCCUAGAUUAGUGGGUAUUAACCAUAAGGAGAGGUUGGACGGACUUGGAUUAUUUUCUCUAGCAUAGAUAGGGUAGACAGUCAGAACCUUUUUCCCCAGGACAGAAUUUACAAAUACUGGAGGGCAUUGUUUUAAAGUUAGAGGGGCAAAGUUUAAAGAUGCGUGUGGUGAUUUAUUUUUUACUGGAACGCACUGCCACGUGUGUUCUAUGUUCUAUUCAGCGUCCAGGCACAAACAGCGACAAAAGUUGGGCCAGUGCCAGAAAAACAGAAGUUUGUUUAAACCUGUUGAUUUCAAAAAUGUUGUCAGAUUUGAAAGUUUUAAAAUGUUGCUUUCAAAAGUGUUCUGCACUAUAUUUCGAGAGUGUAACAGAGGACAUUUUCUUAAAUCAGUUAGAAAAUCAAUUUGACCACACAAUAAAAAACAUGUCCGUUUCUAUUUUACUGCCUAACCAUAUUUUAAAGAAUUAAAAUAUUGCAGUUAAGCAACAGAACUGCAAAUGGAUAGAAUUGCAUUAGAAUUGGAUGAGAAUGGAUUAAGAAUUGCAUUCAAAAGAUUUAAAACAUGCUUAAAGAUAUCUUUAAUUUUAAGGAACUGCCCAGAGGCCCAAAAACAAGCGUACCUACGGUAGUAAUUUAUUAAAUGUGGCUAGUUUUGUUGUGAAACCCAAUUCCAACAUUAAGUUUAGAGCAUCUUAGAUAAGAUUCCAAGUGUCCCUUUUACUGAAGGAUGCAUAUUGCUUUUAGAUUUUGAUUAGACUUUGAUCGAACGCAAUCUCUGUCAUACAAGUUCCUUUUCAAAAUAUGUCAUACAUUCCAGCAGGCACCUCUGCUCAAAGGUCAGGAGAAAUUUACAGAAAGUGCACUUUGAGGAAUAUCAAUUCUCUUGCAUUUACACCCAUUCAUUACUGCACCUGUUUAGUGAACAACAUUUGAGCUGAGGAUUGUAAAUUGAAUGAGGAAUCUUGGUCAGACAAAGAAUAAAGUUUAGCCAAAAGGUCCACAGCCAAUUUUGUAUGGAAUUUAUUAUCAAGUGGGAGUAAAAAAUGAGUGCAGGUUAAAAGUAGCUUCCCUAUUUCAAUUUUUGGUAAUCUGAAACACUUUAGAUAAGAUGGAAAUUACUCCUUUUGAAACAAUGUAUCGAAACUCAUCUGUGACAGAUAAAGAUUUAAAAUUCUUCACAAAAAAAGUUUAUUACAAUGUCUGCAUCAUAUAACACAGUAACAAAAUAUACAUGGUAUUAUAUCUGCAUCCUUAGAGACGUACGGAAUUACUGCAAGCC